UAGCUUCAAAGAUGUUUAUGAUUUUCUUUCUGCUUCGCUUAGCCGAAGUGUAUACCCAGUCUCUGACUUCCGAUGAAUGCGAGCGAUGUGACGUGCGUUUAUCAGAUAUGUUAAGGAUGCUGAAAUCCCUACAAACGCAAGUCAGCAUAUAUAGGGAGGAAAAUAUGGAAUUAAAAUCGGAAAUAAAGAAACUUUCUAAAUGGCAAAACAAUUCAAAAGCAAGCGUUUGCUCUGUUGAAAGGGUGCAUUAUCGUGGACAUUCCUAUAGAUACCACAAGUCAAAAAUGAACUGGACUGACGCUCAGAUUGCCUGUGAAAAAGAGGGUGCAUACCUUGUGGAAAUCGAGGACAAUUUAGAAUCGGAAUGGAUCACAGACAUGUUUCUUAAAAAAGACUUAUGUUCAACCUACGAUGGGCAAUGCAUGGUUUGGACUGGUGGAAAUGACAGAGAUACCGAGGGCGUUUUUAAAUGGAGUCACUCCAAAAAUACAUUCCAGUUCACCAACUGGAACACUAAGGAACCGAGUAUAGGCUCUCUGGACGUGGGAAGCUAUGAGAACUGCUUGAGCCUUCUUCCUGUUGGCUAUUGGAACGACGCACUAUGUAGCUGGAAGUUUGAUUUUCUGUGUGAACGGUCCAUACAUGACCAAAUGUGCCAGGACUUAAGUUGAGUUGAUGUUGAAUAUCAAAUCAGUCUUAAUCGAAUU